AUGUCAUCACCAACCGAUCAGCAGUAUAGUCCAGCUUCUGGGCAAUCUGUGGAGUAUUUUGACGCUACCACAGAAUCAACAGAAAUGCAAUUGAUUCGAUCACAUUCAUCUGCAGCCACAGAACCAUCACCAGAAAAUGCCUCGCCGGUAGAUGAAUUACGUCCGUUUCGCCGUCGAAGACUUCCGCGAAGGUACUUAUCACUUGCAGUCUUUUAUCUUUAA